GACUGGCAUUUGAUGGGUGGAGGGACGGUGACGUCAUCACGGUGCGACGGAGGCUCCGUUCCCCCAAUUCAUCCCCUCUGCUCCUCGUAGAACCGAUUGCAGGCCGAGGGCCGCAUCCGGCUGCUGCACCUGGGGUUGGGCCCUGACACCGUGGCCGUGGUGGGAGCUGAGGAGUACCGGGAGACGGUGCUGCGGGCGGUGGAGGGGUCCCCCAGCGCCCCAUUGGUGCGGCGCUUCCUGGAUGGGGUGCGGCCGCUGCUCAGCUUUGAGAGGGGGCAGCUGGAAGAGAUGGGGCUCAAGGACUGCGAUGUCACGCAGCUGGUGGCCGCAGGCGUGCUGACAGUGCGCGACGCCGGCAGUUGGUGGUUGGCUCUGCCGGGCGCCGGGCGCUUCAUCAGAGCCCUCCUUCACGGUCGGAAGCAGCUGCUGGCCGCGGUGCGGCGCUCGCGGCACCGGGAAGUGCUGCAGGCGGAGUUGGGGCAGCGCAGGGCGCGGCCUUCCCUGGGGCUGCGUUACGUCCUGCUGGAUCUGCUGGGAGCUGAGCUGCUGCGCAGCGUCCCCACCACUUCAGGGCCGCUGCUGCGCUUGGCCGAGACGUGACCCGUUCAGCCGCACCGCCCCGGGGAGCAAAAGUGCAAUAAAAUAAUGUUUUUCUGCCAAAAAAA